AUGCCCAGUACGAGGCUUCGCAAGGUCUACAGGACCGACGAUGUCGUGGACCUGAAGGACGAAGAAAAGAAGCAACUGCUCGAGAGCUACCUCCCAGACGGCCCCCCGGAAGACGCGCGGCGAGAAUGGCGCGACGACGAUAUUCCUCGCAAGGGCAGGUUUGGACUGAGACGCGCCCUUCGCUCGAAACUACACCUUGCGAUUUACACAAUCCUGCACGCCAUUUUCUCUCUAUACAUUCGGAUACGACAGGCGUGGCACCUGGUGUGCUACCAUGUAUCCUCCGUUAUGUUCUACCACCACCGAACCCCGGAGUACAUCGAGCGGGAUGUCGUUGGUCUGAAGAAGAAGCCGAAGCAUCUCAGUGUCAUUUUGAAACGCGAGCCGGGUGGAAGGCACGGAGCUGAGUUGGAGAGAUUGGUUGCUGAAGCGGCCGAGAUUGCCGUGUGGUGCGUUUGCGCCAAGAUUCCCAUCCUGACGGUAUACGAGCGGACAGGUCUUCUUAAGCAUUAUCUCCCUCACCUCCAGCAAUCCAUCAUCCAGAAGUCGCGGUCUUAUUUUGGUAGGCACCAGCCAGCUUUGACCGUGGCCAUGCCUCACGCCGACGAUGUCCUCGAGUCCCCAGCCCACGGCGAUUUCGUGCGCAACGACCCGCGACACCUCAAGGUCCUCUUCAUCUCCGCCGAGGACGGGCGGGAAUCCAUGGUAGAUCUCACUCGCACCUUGACCGAAAUGUCCCAAAAGGGCAAGCUUCACCCCGGUGACAUCAGCACAGAUCUGAUCGACGCGGAGCUGUCCGAGGGAAUCAUGCCGGAACCCGAUCUGCUCAUUUCGUUCGGUCCGUACGUUGACCUUGAUGGCUACCCACCCUGGCCCAUUCGCCUGACUGAGAUCUUCUGCUUGCCGGACAACCAGGGUGUCGGAUAUCAAGUGUUUUUGAGAGCGCUGAACAACUUUGCCAGCGCGCAGUUCCGCAAAGGCAAAUAG